AUGCUGGUUUUGAUCCUGGUCAUCCUCAUCCCAGUUCUCGUCAGCUCCGUGGGCGAAGACAACGGACACUACGAGAUGCUGGGCACCUGCCGCAUGGUGUGCGACCCUUACCUGGACAAAAGUGGCACCACCACUGGCACUGGUGUGGGCACCACCAGCCUGCAGGGAGAGGCUGAAGCUUUGACCGACCACAGUGUAGGGCCUCCCCUACCAACCUACGCCCACGCACCCCAGGGCAAGCCAGGUAGACCAGGGAAACCAGGACUCCCGGGACCGCCAGGAGAACCUGGACUACCUGGACCACCAGGACCUCCCGGGCCUCCCGGACCACCUGGACCUAAGGGACCGCCUGGGGACGCAGAAAGAACCGGAAUUCUGGCCCUGGGCAGCAGACCGGGUAUCAGCACCGCGACGUACACGAUGGGGCCACGCGUGGCGUUUUACGCGGGUCUACGGAACCCGCAGGAAGGCUACGAGAUUCUACGCUUCGAUGACGUGGUGACGAAUCUGGGGAGUAACUAUGACAGUUCGGCGGGGAAGUUUGUGUGCAAGAUUCCCGGGACAUAUUAUUUUACCUACAACGUCCUGAUGAGGGGCGGAGACGGCACCAGCAUGUGGGCAGACCUGCUGAAAAACGGACAGGUUCGGGCCAGCGCAAUAGCUCAGGAUCAGGAUCAGAGCUACGACUAUGCCUCCAACAGCGUGAUUCUUCAUUUGGACCCGGGAGACGAGGUCUUCAUCAAACUGGACGGAGGCAAAGCUCACGGGGGCAACAGCAACAAAUACAGCACCUUCACUGGCUUCAUCCUCUACGCCGACUAG